AGUUCCUCUCUUGGCGCGCUUUUGUAUUUAGUUGUAUUUCCCCCCUCAUGACUUUUGUUUUAUGGAUACAGCAAACAUCGACAGCACAAAGCAAUAACGUUACUGCUGGUUACAUAAUUUUUUUCCAUUUUUGAAUGCUUCAGCCCCCUUGGCUUAAUAUUUUCCCUCCAGCUAAGCAACUUAGGGGCCAUCAACGUUGCAUAUCAUAGGACCCAACUCCUAGGGGCUCCCCAAAAUAAAAUAUUUGAUAGAGCCGGGCCCCCACAAAGUUGAUAGGCAUUCCCAUUCAAAUAGUGUGUGUGCACUGCAUCCAUGUGAUUGAUUAUGCAGGGCAGGGAUUAAAACCCAACAUCUCAGUCUGGAUCUGAUUCUCCCCAUCAUAUUAAUAUUUUUUAAACAGCUGUAUCAUUGCUGGUUAUGUUUUCUGCUUUGUGUUCACAGAAUUAUUAUUUUUUGGGAGAAGGGGGCAAGGUCUUUCACUUGAAGUUAAAGGUCGACUUGUGACUGAAUCUCCUGCACUAUUUAUUACAUGGUGUUGAAGAGAAGCAAUGCGGCUUUGCUCUGCAUGGGAUUAAACGUCUUAGAAAUGAUUUCUGACAAAUAGCUUUAAUUGUCCAUUUAAUGAUAACGCAGUAAGAUACUGUUGAGAUGUAGAGUUCGCUGAACCAAGAGUAAUGCAGACAGCCCUGUAUUCACGGUGGGGCAAAUGGGUGCUUGGCCCAUGCCUCAAUUUUUUUAGUUUAAGAUCUUCUAAUUUGUGACUUGAUGGACAGUGAGGGCCUCCAUGCAAAGAAUAACAGGAGCGAUUUCAGAACAAUUAGCAAAUAAGACACAAUCUACCAAGCCACUAAAAUGAGUAAAAGGAAGAAGGGACAAAUUCCAGAAGAGAACAAGGAACAUGGCAUAUCCAAAGCAAACAAGUGCCUUAGGAGGAAGCUUACAGAAGGGAAUGAUCCAGAAAUGCCAGUACAGAAUUUUCAUUCUGACAAUUCUUCCACAAAAGUAAUUGUAUCAGGAACAAUUCAAGAAUGUCAAAGAAAUAGCCUAGCAAACAUGAACACAGAAAAUUUAGUAGCAGACCUGGAUACAAGCAAGGCUUCAUUUGAGAGGAAAGAGCAAGAUAAUAUGAAGGUUUUUGUACCUCUGUCUCAGGGAGGAAAGCUGGUACCAAAGUUUACGAAGCCAAGAAAAACAUUGGCUGAAAAACAUGGAAAUUUUGGAGGCGCUGUAACAACUGGGACAGAAAACGUACAGCAAGCCCUUCCUUCUUAUCUAUAUAACGGUGAUUGUAUGGAUAGAAAUAUUACCAGCACAGCAAAAAAUUAUGUCGAGAACACUGUUGCUUCUUCAGAGACACCAGAAGCAGCGGAUUCAUUGGUGACAAAAGUGAAGGAUGCUGGAGAUCAAGUGAUCAUUCAUUGUGAAGAAUUAAGUAAAAGUCUGGAUGUUAAAAUGCAAGAUGAGGACAAGAUUGGAAGGAUAAACAAUGGUGGUGCAAACUCAGGCUUAGCUGAUUCAUGUCAAGGAAUAGGGACAGCAUCCAAUUUACAAGAAAGUAUCUGUGAAAAGGAAGUGUCAGGUAAUAAGGAUGUAGAUGGUUUGUCUCUAGAGCCAUUUAAAUGCCAAUUCAUUAAGGAGAUGAGCAUUAGUAUGUUGUCAGAGGACAGUGUCACUGACCAUAUUAAAAGUACUCCACAUGAAGAGCAUCUUGAUACUUCAAACAAGAGUAUGGAUAAAAAUAAAGCUUUCCAUGAUAUCACAGAUUCAGAUGAUGUAAAAGAAGCAAACUGGACCAAAAAUAGAAGUUGUAAAGAUGCAAGUCUUAUUGAGUGCAUGUUCAGCCAAACCCAAAAGGAGAACAACAGAACAUAUUUCCCACUGGAGACAGGUCUAUCAUUUCUCACACCUGGAGAACAGGGCAAACAUCUAAAUACAAGCAAUGUAUCUAGAGACGGAGAUACUGAUGUCAAAAAAGCAGACCAGGACCUUCCAUAUAGAAGGGGGGAAACUGAAGAGCAAAAUGUCAUUUACAGCAGUACUGAAAUUUCAGAACAAGUCACUUUGUGCAGCUCUGCAAUGAGUGAAAAGGGGACAAACAAGCUGAACCUGUGGUCAAGUGGCAAACCUGUAGAGCAAAAUGGUAUGAGUAAAACUGCAAGCCAAAGCAACCCUUGUAUGGAAGAGAUCAUAGUUGCAGAGGAAAACAGUGUACAAGGCCAGAAUACUUCCAGGAAAGAUGUUCUAGAUAUUCAAUCUAUGAGUACUUAUUUGGAAAAGAAAGCAGAUAUUUCUGAAUCAAAAUGUGAACAGGUUUUUGAAACAAGUGAUAUGUUCUUGCCACAGCCUGAUGGGGUUGUUCACCCUGAGAGCAGCACAAUCUCAGUGCAAGCAGUGAUUUGCAGCGAAGAGACGGGGAGGAAUAAAAAAGAAUCUGAAAUGGAAGCAAGGUCAGCAAAAAGCACCACUGGCUCACCUGACCCAGAAGUUCCAGUUUUACAGACCCAGAGGAAAAAUGGUAGUGAGAGAUUGGUGUCUGAUACAAAACAGUCUGAAUUCAGCAGAUGUGAUUUGGAACCAGCUGAAAUUAGGGAAGUGCUGUCAGGCAUUUCCCAGCAAAAUUUGACUGAGACUGCCAAGGCAGAAACAAACCCAGCAGAAAACUCUUCUGCUGACAUCUAUAUGGGGGGAAAAGAAGAAAUGGUAACCUGUAAGGACAACAAGAGCAAACCCGCCCAUGAGGAAAAUGGCCUCUCCACAGUCAAGGUUCUUCCAGCACCACUGGUGGUGGGCGAUCCUGGUAGAGAAAUGAAUGCUGGUUCCGAAAUGCAGAAGUCUCUCCUUGUAUUAGGUACGGGUUGCAGCAGAAAUGCACCAAGCGGCCUUGAUACUAUGACCCAAACAUGCUCUCCUUGCACAGAUUCCCUUUCUCUGGAUAUGGAAAUUCUGUCUAACAGUCAGUUACUGGGCAUCUUUGAAUUUCCACCACACAAGACAUCCUUUCUGGAUAAUCCACAUAGCCCUUCCAAGGAUAAAAGUGAUCAGUGUGCUGUAGGAGAACAAAGUGGAAUCAAAACACCAGUCCCAGCCAUUAAUCUGAUCUAUCCAAAUAGUGACAGGAAUGAGGUGACUGAGGGGAUUUGUGAUCCAUACAAACAAGAAGAUGCAACAGAUGUUGUUUGUGGACUGAUUAAAGAGCUCUCUAAUCUCAACCGACUUAUCAUGAGUACACACAGAGACCUGGAUUCCUUCAAGAGACUGAAGUUCCGGAGAAACAGACAACCUGGGAAGCUUGUACCUCAUAGCGUGAGCAAUGUGACAAGCACACUUUGUACAGUCAAAAAGAAGAGAGAGAUUUAGCAAGUGAAUUCUGUUCCUGCUUUGAAAGUUUGCUUUGUUAUGGUUUUCUUUAGCCGUUUCAUUUAGCAGUGGGGUCAUUUACGCUUAUCUGCAUUAAAAUAGACUGUUAGAUGCAGAAUAAAAUUAAUAACAUGAGUAUAAUUAGUCAUCUUCACAUCCCACUAACUACCACAGCAAUGUAAAGGACCCUUAUAAACAAGAACUGGGUCCAAUGUCUUGGUGCACAAUCCAGUAAGUAAAGUUACCCGUAUAUAAGCUGCGAUCAGUAUCCCCUUCACCACCAUCUCUUAACAAACUCUUAACAUUAACUUUCUGGGUGUGAACUCUUGUCCACAAUUGUGAAGAGUUGUUCUAUGUUCAGGCAUGUAUCUAUAGUUCUUCCUCAAUUAGGCCAAAAUAUAUCUUCUGGAAUGCAAAAAUAAAAAUAAAACCUUAAACUUAAAAGCCAGUUUUACUGUAUAGAAACUACGUAAUGAUGCCAUUAUUUAUAGGGUUCUGGUGUAACCAUUUCAUUGUUUAUAAAUGAACUAGGUUAGUAGAAUGAAAAUGCUGUAUUUUGGCUAAAAACUACAAAGUUGCGUAACUUCAAGUGGAAGAGUUAUGUGUGUACUUAGUUCAAACCAAUAGAACUUAAAAUGCUGUUUUUUCAUUCUUG